AUGGCUGCGCGUGUGCCGAAGAAAGGUGGGAAGAAGCUGAUUGCGGAGGGUGCGAAAAAAGCCGAUAAGAAGCGGAAGAGGAGCCGCAAAGAGUCUUACUCGAUUUACGUCUACAAGGUGUUGAAGCAGGUCCAUCCGGACACGGGCAUUUCUUCCAAGGCCAUGAAUAUUAUGAAUUCCUUCGUCAGCGACCUCUUCGAGCGCAUCGCCGGAGAGGCGUCCCGCUUGGCUUUAUACAACAGAAGAUCGACCAUCAGCUCCAGAGAAAUCCAGACCGCGGUGCGCCUGCUCUUGCCUGGGGAGUUGGCGAAGCACGCCGUGUCAGAAGGCACUAAAGCUGUCACUAAAUACAGCAGCUCUAAGUAAAGCCUUGCGUG